GCAGGCUUGGGAGCCUCCCGUGAGCCGAGCGAAAACCAAUGGGAAGUUCGAAAGGAAGAGGAGAAAGUAUAUGGCAGAGUUAAGAAAAGCGCUCUCUGUUGCUUUUGCUGGAUCUAUGAGAAAAGGUAACUCGGGAAACCGCUGCAGAUUCGGCGCUGAACCCCCAGCGUUCCAGGAGAGCAGCCAAGGCUGAACGUGCGAGCUUGGAGCAGAGCCGUGUUCCUUCGGGAUGACGAUGGCCAGGGCCCGGAGCUGGCAGCAGAGCCCUUGGAACGCCCUGCUCCUGGUGCUGCUGUGCACGGGCAGCUGCCAGCAGCAGAGGGACUGCACGGGAGCCGAGUGCCAGGCCCUGGAGAACUGCAUCGAGGACGUGCUGGAGCCCGGCGAGUGCUGCGCCACGUGCCUGCAGCACGGCUGCACCUGCGAGGGCUACCAGUACUACGACUGCGUCAACGUGGGCUUCGUCAACGGCAAGGUGCCCGAGGGACAGUCCUACUUCGUGGACUUUGGCAGCACCGAGUGCUCGUGCCCCAAGGGAGGGGGCAAGAUCAGUUGCCAAUUCAUGCUGUGCCCAGAGCUGCCCCCGAACUGCAUCGACGCGGUGGUGCCGGCGGACGGGUGCCCGCAGUGCGGCCGCAUCGGCUGCCUGCACGAGGGACAGAAAUACGUGGCGGGGCACACCUUCCACAUGCCCCCCUGCAAGGUUUGCCACUGCCCCAACGCCGGCGGGGAGCUGAUGUGCUACCAGCUGCCGGACUGUGACACCUUCUCCUUGAACACGGCCAGCCCGGGGGACGCCGAGGACGGCGAGCCCGAGAGGCACUACGACGAUCCCUACAGCUACGACCAGGAGGCCUCCGAGGGAGACAACACCCAGCUGGAGUCUCCGAAGAAGUACAGGAGUUACUCGUCCCACCUGGAGCACGACAGCCUCAGCCAGGAGCAGAGCGAGGACUAUGACUACCCGGCGGCCAGCGUGGCUCCCUCGGCGCCGGGCCCGGCCGGGCCCCACAGCGCGGGCACCGCCCCGGGGCCGGGCACCACCCCGGGGCCCGCAGGCCCCGCCGAGCGCGGCGAGCGGCGGAGGCUGCCCCGCACCACCGCACCCUCCCUCCAGAAGGUGACACGCAAGGAGGCACCGACCACCACCGGGGCUCCUCCACAGCACACCACGGCCACCACCGCGACGCCCCGGCUCCCGGAGGAAUUGGAGAGGAGGCCAAAAGGGAGCAAAGAGAGGCACGAGCACGAAAGAGCCCCCCACUCUAAAAUGAAAAAGCAUGCCAGGAAGGAAGAGCCAGAGAGUAGCACGGAUCAGGGCUUGAAGGAGGUGAACUUUACAGAGGCGAGCUCAACAAGAUCAUCCCGUGAAAGCGUCGAGGGAAAUGAUUUCCCCCAGGUGAAGUUCAGUGCAACAACCUCUCCUCCUGUUGCUCUGAAGGAAGAGCGCAGCCAGUCCUCCCCGAAGCAGUCGCAGACACUGUAUCGUUACCAUCCCGAGGAGGACGGGGACCCCAACUCUAUCCACGCUAACCCCCGGCUGCCUGAAGGUUCCACAAAGGAGUUGAUUGAGAGCUGCUGUGGAGCUGGCCAGCAGUGGGCUAUAGACAACGGGGAGUGCACAGAAAUCCCUGUAAGUGGAAUGGAUGGUGAUAUUUGCAGGAUUGCCCAGAAGCAGUGCUGUGUGUCUGCCGUGAGGGAGAACAGCUGCCUGGCCGGGAUGAUCGCCGCCAAGGAGGGGGACACGUGUGGCCCCGAGGACAGCGACCCCUGCGCGGGCUCGUCCUACAAGCAAUGCUGUGACUGCUGCAGCCUGGGCCUGCGCCUGAGGACUGAGGGGAAAAGCUGUGAGUCCAACAUCAACCUGGGCUACCCCUGCAGCCAUGUGAUGCUGUCCUGCUGUGAAGGGGGGGAUCACUUCAUCCAUCCCGAGAUCAAACGGCAUCCUGAGCCUUUGCCAACCGUGACCCCCGAGAAGGUUUCAGAGAGGGAAGAUCACCAUGCAGCAUUGUCCAUCAGCAGUGAGGCUGAGCUGUCCAAUAACCUGCCUGGAGAUGACCUGGAUGAGUGUCUUCUCUAUGGGGGGGAGCUCUGCCAGCAUCUCUGCAUCAACACCGUGGGCUCCUACAAAUGCUCGUGUUUCCCAGAGUUCACCCUGCAGGAGGAUGGCAUCAGCUGCUCUCCAGAUCCUGACAGAGGACAGGUGACCAGGCUGGAAGCCGAAGCCACCAUCCCUCCAGUAGCUUCUCCCUCCCAGCCCAUCCUCGUGGUGUCCUUGCAGGAAGAGCAGGACAAGUGCAAAGAUAACGGCCCCUGCAAGCACCUGUGCAACAUCGUGGAAGGAGAUGCUGUGUGCUCCUGCAUGGCUGGGUACACACUCAUGGCUGACGGGGUUUCCUGUGAAGACAUCAAUGAGUGUGUGACAGAGAGACACACCUGCCAGAGGAGAGAGCACUGUGUCAACACCAUGGGCUCCUUCCGCUGCCUGCAGGAGCUGAGCUGCCAGCCCGGCCACGAGCUGAAGGAUGGGGAGUGUGUGGACAUCGAUGAGUGCGAGAGAGGAACUCACAGCUGCAAAGUGAACUUUGUUUGUCAGAACACUGAGGGGUCGUUCUACUGCGAGUCAAAGCAGCGCUGCAUGGAUGGGUUCCUGCAAGACCCUGAGGGGAACUGUGUGGAUAUCAAUGAGUGCACAUCUCUUCCUGAGCCCUGUAAGCCAGGAUUCAACUGCAUCAACACCGUGGGGUCCUACACAUGCCAGAGGAACAUGCUGAGCUGCAGCAGAGGGUACCACUCCAACGAGGAGGGCACACGCUGUGUUGAUGUGGAUGAGUGCCAGACUGGGGUGCACCGGUGUGGAGAGGGGCAGCUGUGCCACAACCUGCCUGGGGGCUAUCGCUGUGACUGCAAGAUGGGCUAUCAGUACGACGCCUUCAGCCGCAGCUGCAUCGACAUAAACGAGUGCUGGAGUUACCCUGGGCGCCUGUGCCAGCACACGUGUGAGAACACGCCGGGCUCCUACCACUGCACCUGCUCCUCCGGCUUCCGCCUCUCCUACGAUGGCAAGCACUGUGAAGAUGUGAAUGAAUGUGAUAACAGUCCCUGCACCCAGGAGUGUGCCAACGUUUAUGGUUCAUACCAGUGUUACUGCAGGCAAGGCUUCCAGCUGGCAGAAGAUGGGCAUUCCUGUAAAGACAUUGAUGAGUGCACGCAGAGCGCCGGCAUCCUCUGCACCUUCCGCUGCGUCAACGUCCCCGGCAGCUACCAGUGCGCCUGUCCCGAGCAGGGCUACACCAUGGCAGCCAAUGGCAGGACCUGCAGAGAUAUUGAUGAGUGUGCAAUAGGAACCCACAACUGUUCAGCUGCAGAGACCUGCUACAACAUCCAGGGCAGCUUCCGCUGCCUGUCCUUCGAAUGCCCUUCCAACUACAGGAAGGUGUCUGACAUGAGGUGUGAACGCAUCAGCUGCUUCAACUACCUGGAGUGCCAGAACACGCCGGUGCGCAUCACCUACUACCAGCUCAACUUCCAGACCAAUAUCGUGGUGCCAGCCCACAUCUUCCGCAUCGGGCCCUCGCCCGCCUACGCCGGGGACAGCAUCGUCCUCACCAUCACCAAGGGCAACGAGGAGGGCUUCUUCAGCACCCGCAGGCUCAACUCCUACACGGGCAUCGUCUACCUGCAGCGCCAGCUCAAGGAGCCCAAAGACUUCCUGUUGGAUGUGGAAAUGAAACUCUGGCGGCAGGGAACCUACACUACUUUCCUUGCUAAAAUCUACAUUUUCAUCACAGCUCAUGCCUACUGAAGCCUUGCUGACAUUGGGUUUUAUUGGUGCUAUGCUCUUUAACUGUUCUACCAAAGCUUAAUACUGUUGAACUGGCAUUUCAUGUAUCUAGCGUUUAUAUUAUUUUUCUAUUAUUGCUUUAAACUUUCUUAUUGGUUGUGUAAAUUAAGUUAAUUUUUGUCUUUUUAUGUUCUAUUUUCUUAUACAAUUCUGUGUAUCAUCAUUUGCCAACAAAUGAAGAAAGGGUUAGAAAGGCAGUACAGACCUUGUGGUAAGUGCUGGAACCUUUUCUUAGCAAUUAUUUUUAGGUGUAGUCACUUCUGCAGGGUAUUGCACUAGAGAGGGAAGAUGUUCACGUGGGAGUACUGGGAAAAAACAUGGAAUGAUUUCUCUUUCUGACACAAAGUUCUGGUUUGGCUGGGCCAGUGACCUCACUGGAGUGUCUGUGCUGAGGUGCAGAGUCCAGGCCACCUGUGGACACUGAUGGUGAUCCAACCUCCUGCUUCCGGGUUAUUUUCCUCCUUCCGACUUUCAUAAUAUGUUGCCUUAAAAUAUAUAUAAAUAAAAGGAAACUCCACCACUGAAAAA